CACCACUUGGCCACCACAGCGGUCGUGGUGGUGGCGGCCCGGGUGACCUACAGUAAGUAAUGAAUGCAAAUACUGGCAAUGAGGACUGGCCAUCGUUUGGUUCGACCCCAGACUUGGCCUUCGCUUUACGCUUUCAAUUGUCCUGUCAAACUUUCGUCCUCAACAUACAAACAUUGGCAAUAGCGACGGCUAGUCACACUCAGCGUGGACACCAUAGCCGGUGCUCUGUUGGCGCUGCCUUAACGACACCUUUUUUCCUGGCAAUGAUCAUUGGAGGAUACAUUUGAACGAUCUACUGCAGAACCGAGCACGCCUCGAAUGGGAGCUCAUCUCUAUGCAAGGCG